AUGGUAGAAGAUCCCCAGUUUUAUGACUAUAGACUGAGGUGUGGGAGAUCUGAGGAGUUCAUAUGUUUGCUUGAGACAGUGAAUCGUCAAUUUAAAAGUCUUCCUCUGGUAACUAUAUAUGACCCCAUUAACAAGCUAUGGGAAAAGCUUCCUCCCAUUCCCGCAGAAUUCGAAUUCUGCUCAUCCUCCAAGCUUAUCUGUGUUAAGCACAAACUGGUUUUAUUAGGGUUAUCACAGCGCAACAGAGCAGGUUCCAAGCGCAAGAGGACAGAGACAACCAACGCUAUUUUGGUCUUUGAUUUUUUGUCUUGCAAAUGGCGGAAAGGCGCAGAUAUGCCCACCCCAGAAUGCCCAGCUAACUUUGGCUGCUGUGCAUCACCUGAAGGACUGAUUUAUCUUGCUGGAGGAAGACAGAAUGGAGAAAUUACAGGCAAAGCUACAAGCCAAGCUGCAGCAUUAAGUAUGUAUGAUGAGGAGGUUCAACAAUUCGAGCCAGAGACAGAAGUCUGGUCAAUUUUGCCCAAUAUGUGGUUUAUUGAAGAUUGUCUGUAUCCUAUGGUGGCCGCAUUUGGGCGUUUGUAUUGUUUUCAGUGGCAUGUCGUGACAGAAUACGACUGUAAAGAAAAUUUGUGGAGGAUAGUUGAUGGUAUUCCUGAACCUCUUGAUAGCGUUGAUGCUGCUGUGUUGGGUGAUAGGAUUUUCUUGAGUGGGGUUGAAUCAGGCAGCAAAAACCAUACAUUUUUUUAUAUCUACCAACCUCCAUUAAAAACAGGGGUGAACAGAGAGAUGGAUUUGUGUUGA